AUGCUGCAGAGAAGCACUCGCAGGCUCUUGCCUGCGCUGAAUCGACGCGCCGUCGCCGUCCGAACAUACAGCACGCAGACUGAUAACCCCGUCCCCGCCAACAACCCCAAUCCGAAGGAGCGAAACUCGCCCGUCUCGAGCACCAAUGCCCUCCCUACCACCGCCACGGGCGCGCAAGACCGAGCGCUUGUAGAGGAUCCAUCCGAUGGCGAGCAGAAGCGUGUCAUGCAGGCACCGAACAGAGCAAAUAUAUGGAGCAGAAGCCAGCAGCCACGAGCCAAGGCUAUGGUUGGACCACGGUUUGAGCAGACCAUCAUGGAAGAUCAGGUAUGCAGUAGCCGGGAGUUCGUCUUGGGAAACGGACAAAUAUAUUGAGGAGAAUUGUCAAGAUCAAUGGCUAAUCGAACGGUAGCCACGACCAUGGGCUGCUAUUGAACUCAUCCACAAGCAGCCAGUAACAUGGACUAAGGAGCGGGCUGUCUCCUGCGACGGAGGUGGCGGUCCUUUGGGACACCCUAGAAUCUUCAUCAACGUGGAUAAGCCGCAGAUCUGCUGGUGCACAUACUGCGGUCUGCCAUUUGUAAGUCUGAAGGUGCAUCUGCGGAGGUAGAGGAUGAAGCUGAUCUGAUUUCUAGGCACACGAGCACCACCGCAAGCACCUCGAGAGCUUGCCCCGUACCUCAUACCCUCUUGAACCCACUGGAGACCCUGCACAGAUUCCGGCGGCGGACCUGAACGCUGGCGCUAAGACAGGCGCAACUGCGAAGUACCAGACGGCUUCCGGCGCGCCUUACGAGCAGAGAUAG